AUGGGAUGGCAAAAAGUUGAAGGCCUACUUACUCAAUUGGCCGUUGGCCGUGGUAAUAAUGUAUGGGGUGUGAACGCACAAGAUAAUAUAUUUCGAUACAUAAACGGCACUUGGUAUCAAGUUCUAGGAGCCGCUACGUAUGUUGGUGUUGGUGCCGAUGGAACCGUCUGGGUUGUUAAUCGAUCUAAUGCUAUUUAUGCAUGGUGCUUUUGCUUUGCUAUACUACAUAUUAUAGGAUACAGAUUCUCGGCGGUUGGCGAUAAAACUCAUGUUUGGGGAGUUAAUAAUUCAAGCGCUAUUUUUCUUCGAGUUAAUGGUGAUAUAAACACUAAUGGGAUAUGGGCACAGGCUUCAGACGGAACGGUUUGGGGUGUUAAUAGCAACCAUGAUAUUUAUAAAUGGGAUGGAUACAAUUGGGUACAAGUAGGUGGCAAGCUUAACCAAAUUUAUGUUGGCAGCCGAGAUCUUAUUGUUGGUGUAAAUGAUAAUAAUGAAAUCUAUCAAUAUGUUAAUAAUACUUGGCGCCAGAUAGAUGGUUCACUCAAAUAUGUUGCAAUUUCUAUUGAUGGCAUUUUAUGGGGUAUUAAUAAUUACAGCGAAAUUUUUACACGUCAAGAUAAUUUGAUUAGUCAGACAUAUUCGAAUAAUAAUUCACAACCCACUAAUAAUAAUAAUUCACAAACCACUUAUUACGAUCAAAGCCAUUCAGACAUAAUCAUAGGUCUAGGUGCAGGCUUAG